AUCAGUUCCGAUCCGGAGUCGAUUCGUCGUUCUUUUUGCCUUUUCGAAAUUCCAAAUUCGAAAUUCUAAAUUCGAAAUUCGAAAUUCUAAAUUCUGAAAGAUGGGCCCCUCCCCGAACGACACGCCGAUGCACUUCAGCCCCAAGACGGACUACCUGCUGAUCCUGGACAAGCUGCGGGAGGACUUCAACAAGAAGUACUCGCAGAACAUACCGUCGCCCAGCACCGGCCUCGACACCUUCGACAUCAAGUCCACGCUGGGGGCGGGCUCGUUCGGCAAGGUGCAGCUGGUGCGGGAGAAGGAGUCCGGCCAGUACUAUGCCUCCAAGCAGCUCAGCAAGGACCAAAUUGUCAAGACCAAGCAGGUGACGCACGUGAUGAGCGAGAAGAACGUCCUGCGCUCCAUACACUUCCCCAACACGGUCUUUCUCAUCUCCUCGUUCAAGGACAACGACAGCUUGUACCUCAUCCUGCCGCUGAUAGCGGGCGGCGAGCUCUUCUCCUACCACCGCAAGGUGCGCAAGUUCACCGAGAAGCAGGCCCGCUUCUAUGCGGCACAGGUCUUCCUCGCCCUGGAGUACCUGCACCACUGCAGCCUGCUCUACAGGGACCUCAAGCCCGAGAACAUAAUGAUCGACAAGAACGGGUAUCUGAAGGUGACGGACUUUGGCUUUGCGAAGAAGGUGGAGACGCGAACGAUGACGCUGUGCGGUACGCCCGAGUAUCUGCCGCCGGAGAUCAUCCAGUCGAAGCCGUACGGCACCAGCGUGGACUGGUGGGCCUUCGGGGUGCUCAUCUUUGAGUUUGUGGCCGGCAGCUCGCCCUUCUCCUCGCACAACCGCGACGUGAUGGCGAUGUACAACAAGAUCUGCGAGGCCGACUACAAGAUGCCCUCCUACUUCAGCGGCUCCCUGCGGCACCUGGUGGAGCAUCUGCUGCAAGUGGAUCUCUCCAAGAGAUAUGGCAACUUGAUCAACGGCAACAAGGACAUCAAGGAGCACGAGUGGUUCAAGGAUGUCGACUGGAUACCGCUGCUCAACCAGACGGUGCAUGCCCCCUACGUGCCCAACCUGGCCAACGCCGAGGACACAACGCACUUUGACAAGAUCUCGGAAAAGCCGCGCGCCAAGGCCAAGAAUAUGCGUCACGAGGAUAUCUUCGCCGAAUUCUAGUCGGACUUUUCCGCUCUCCAUUGUUGUUCGAUUCUGUUUGAUUUUUCGGUAGAAUAAAAAGCUAAACAAUUU